AUGCGAGUUUACACGUUCGUCUGUCUUUUAGCAGUAGACGUUUGCGCUCACAUUGCUCUCACCGUGGAUGCGAAGCUAGUCAACGACUCUGAUCAAUUCGGUACGAAUAUUGAUUCAACCAACGAUUCUACCAUCUUCACUGCCAACAAUAGCGUGAUUCAUUCAUCUCUGAGCACGAGCGCAAAUGUCGAGGAUAUCAAUGAAGAGAGGUUUUUAGAAGGUCAUCUGUCGCAUCUCACGGAAAAAUCGUCAGAGUCAGAAGUCUUUCUUGCUCUUCAGAGUUUGAAGAAUCAUCUAUCGACGAUGGAUCAAAAAUGGGAGUCUAUACCUAAAAUAGAAGAUAGAGUUUUUAAAUUUUUGAACUCAAGAAUUUCAAGUCAAAAAUUAGCGGAAAUAGUCAUUCCAUGGACACGGGAGCCUCUGAAGGCAGAUUAUGCACGUCGAAUACUCGCACGCUUGAUCCUUAAGUCCGCAUCCAUCCGAAGGGAGGAUAACACACUGCGGCCAAGUCUAGGUUCCACACCUCGCGGUAUAUACGACAUGAUACAUCAAGAUUUUCGCACAUUUGACAGGUCUCUAAUUGAAGAGUGGCUUCGGAUCUGGAUGAUAAUAUGGGAAAUUAGUGAAGGAAUUGAAGAUAGUUUUGUCGUGAGAAUGAAUAUCAUCUAUGAAAAUUACGACCUGAUUUCACCUAACACGAACUUAUUGCGGUCGUUACUUGAACAUUGUGACGAUUUUAAUUGGGGUAGGUUUAAAGGAGCAAUGAUGAACAUUAUGAAACGGGAGGCAAUGAAUAAGGAUCUUAUCGCUCAGAAAAUUCCCAUUCAAGUUGUUUACAAAAGGUUAAAAGCAGCUCCCGGGGAAGAAAAUUACCUACAGUGGCUUCGAUACUGCAACAAACUUCAUCCUAUUACGUCUCGAGAUGAGAAUUUCUAUUUUACCAUACUGGAAGUGUCAAUAGCAGAAGCUCGAGAUCGUGACAGUCAGUAUAUGUAUUUGCUGCAUCUAUUCAAACAAUAUUCCAAGGUAUCGAGCGUGAAACAUCUAUCAGAUUCAAUGUAUUCUCUUAUCGAGGAGGCACAAUUGAAUUGGCGUUGGGCCCACCAGAAGAAAAGUCUAGAAGAUGUUUACCUGGAGAUCCAUGCUCGUUUCUUAAUGUUUCCAGAUUUUGCGUCAAAACACAUCCAAUUAUUUCGUUACAUCAACGUAGCCCUCGAGAUAGACGCUGAACUUGGAAAAUCAAUUUCGUCUGCUGACCUGGCCGGUAUUCUUGGUUUCAAACAAUUUGACAUCCAUGAACUCGUUAGACUUUUUAUGUUUGGAGAUGUGGCGAAAGUUGCUGAUGUAAAGUGGCACACCGAUGACAUGCCCGACGUAGUGUAUCGGAAGUGGGUUAAGAAUGGUAAUAAGCUUAGCGAUGAAGUACUGAGCCAGGGCGCAAAAAGACAUCUCAAGGAUGCCUAUGGGAGUUAUGUGAUUCGGAAGCUUAAAGAGCUUCGUGGUAGAGAAGUAACGAUACCUUCAACUUCGACUGGUUGA